AUGAAUAAGAUGCUUGCUUAUGUUAACGUCCGGCGGAACAUCAGUGCUCGUAAAGAAAUUAGGCCCUCGUAUCGUAUUCGUGCGUCCCUGGUCAUUUCACCAGAAGCAAACCUAAUUUCAAUUUUCUCACACUCAAAAUGGCACAACAAUCAGACUUCAGAAGUGAAAGAACCUCCAGUGAAGAUCCAGAAGGUUUAUGAAAACGGUGUUCCAGAAAUCACUUGUUUUCUAAGAGUUAAAAAGCUUUCAGAAAAAGUCGUUCUUCUUUCUAGAGGUUCAUCCCUUUCGGCUGGUUAUGAUCUUUCUAGCGCGGCUGAAGUGAUAGUUCCAUGUAGAGGAAAAACCCUAAUUCCAACUGAUUUAAGCAUUGCAGUACCUGAAGGAACAUAUGCUCGUAUUGCACCCCGUUCGGGGCUGACCUGGAAGCAUUCGGUAGACGUAGGUGCUGGUGUUAUUGAUGUUAAUUAUAGAGGAGCAGUUGGGGUUAUCUUAUUUAAUCAUUCUGAUGUUGAUUUUCAAUUUAAAAUGGGUGAUAGAGUUGCUCAACUGAUCAUUCAGAAGAUAAUAACUCCUGUGGUUGAAGAAGCUGAAGAUUUUGAUUCUACAGUUAGAGGUUCAGGAGGUUUUGGAUCCACUAGCUAUCUAAGAAUCCUUGAUGGUUCUGGAAAUGCCCUUAAUAACAUUCACAUCGAAUGGUGUAUUAACUUGGUAACGCCCAGAUACCAUUAG